AUGGCUGAAUCCACUGCUUCCCGCCAACGCCCCUCGUUGGGCCAAAUGCGCAGCAACUCGUUCCUCCAGGAUCACCAGCAGUAUAAGCCCCCCGUCAACCAGACAAUCGGAGAGGUUCUGGGUGCGCUACCGGAUGAGGUCACACUGAGCAACCCUAUCAAGCCCGACCCGGAGCGUGUUACAGACAGUGGAAUCAUUCACAGUCUCUUCAACCGUCAGGCCAAUCCACUUCCCCAGGGUACCCCGCGUAUCGUCGCAACCAUUUUCUACAAGUCCGCCAAUCCAGUGCACCCGACGUACCACCCCGACGUUUCCCCCGCGUUGCGUCCUGGAAACAAACUUCCGUCGCCCCAGAUCCCUUCGGGCUCAGCUCCGUCUGUGGACAUUGAGAAGAUUCCACGCGAACCGCCCGUGCCGGAGCCCGAGCCGCUCGACCACCUAUACGGACCUUAUGUCUCGCAGCUCUGUCUGACCAACUUCCUGCAAGUUUUAGAGUCUCUCCCUACCCCUUACCAGCGUACAUACACAUCACACAGGUGUCUCGACCGUGAGGAACAGCCACAUGUGGUCGAGGUGACAUUUUCCCCGCCGCCUGACCCGGCGUACCUCUCGUUCGACGAUCUGCGCAAGCAUGAGAGCAUCUGGCGCUUCGAGCGCGAGUGGAACGUCGAAGUGGUUCUGCAGCAGGAGAGCGUCUUCCGCCGACACAAACGACUGGCGGUGUUCGAUAUGGAUAGCACUUUGAUUGAAAAUGAGGUCAUUGAUGAAAUUGCCAAGUUUAUCGGUGUAGAGAAGGAGGUCUCGGAAAUCACCGAGCGUGCCAUGAAUGGCGAGCUCGACUUCUCCGCCUCAUUGAAGGCGCGUGUCAGUCUGCUCAAGGGGGUCCCGGCCGAUGUUUUUGAUAAACUCAAGUCUGUCUUGACUAUCUCAAGGGGGGCCCGCGAGCUGUGUCGCGCUCUGAAGGCUCUUGGGUUCAAGAUGGCUGUUCUGAGCGGCGGGUUCCAGCCUCUGGCCGAAUGGCUUGCUGGUGAACUUGGCUUGGAUUUUGCCGUUGCAAACCACCUGGAAAUCGACCCGACAUCGCAAACCUUGACCGGCAAGCUGGUCGAGUCUAAGCCCAUCAUUGACGCGGCCCAAAAGCGCUCGCUCUUGCAGUCCAUCGCAGCGGAACACAACAUUCCUAUUUCUCAGACUAUCUCUGUGGGCGACGGAGCCAAUGAUCUUCUCAUGCUGCAUGCUGCAGGCUUGGGAGUGGCCUGGCGCGCCAAGACCAAGGUCCAGCUUGAGGCUCCAACUCGUAUCAAUGGACAGAGUCUCACUGACAUUCUCUACCUGCUCGGCUUGGAUAACGAGGAUAUUAUGGAGCUAUGUACUGGGCCGGCUCCUCAAGCUCAAUGA